AUGAAACAACAUCCUGGCCAUCUCCUCGCCAAGCUCCACUUCCCAAAGCUUCGACUCCUUCGAGCCGCCACACCGCAUCCCUCCCACAUAAUGACCUCGAACCUCCCGAACCUCCGUCGUCUCUUUGUCGAGUCGCGGAGCGAGGCGGAGGAAAGCGCAUACUCCCGCAAUGCCUUCUACAACCUCGUGCUUUUCAUGUCCUCCGUAGCCGUCUUCAGCUUGAUUGCCCAACGCGUGACCACAGGCAAAGCCAUAACUGGUCCGUGA